CUUGAGGUGGGAUCCACUUGAACAGUAGUCCCUUCUUCAUCAAGCUAAAGGAAAUUACUGGUUUCUUGUGGUUAUAAAUUGACCCACUUGGAAGCGUUUGGAGUCAGCACUCUCAAGCAAAGCAAAGCCAUGCCAAGCCAAGAAAUUGAAUGUGAGACAGCAAGCAUAUAGCAUGGCAGGAUCAAUGGAGGCGCGACAGGUGGGACACGGAUUCAAUCCGAGGGAGGAGCAACUCGUUGGUCAUUUCCUGAGAAAGAAGCUCAAAGGACAAAUGGAAGCUAAUUGCGAAAUUCCCGAGCUAUUCAUCUACGAUUGGGAGCCUCCGGAUUUGUUUAUCCUAUACGACGUAUUAUCAAGUGAACCGUCGGCUGGACGAGAGUGUUUCUUCUUUUGUCCCCGUGGUCGUAAGAGGAAGACCAAGUGGGGAUUUUGGAAAGAAACGGGUAUCGAGCGUGUUGUACGAGCCGACACGGGUAAGCCAAUGGGGACCAAGAGAUAUUUCGUUUACUAUGAAGGUCGACAACCAAAGGGCCGCUGGACUGAUGUGACCAUGCGCGAAUAUCACCUAAAGUUGGAUGUUUCAGAUAGUGAAAUUUCGGACCCGACGGCAUUGGUUCUCUGUCGGAUAAUGAAAGGGAAAAGUAAGAAAGCAAAGUCAGCAACAGCGAGUGCUUCAACCGAUUUAAGCGGCCUGAGUAAUCUGAAUAGUGCACAGGCAACUCCAGGAGUUACUAUUGAAUCUGACUAUCCAACCGAGAUGUUGAAUACUAGUUUACCAGACUGGAACCUGCCUAUUCCUGAUCAGCAGCCUCAAACGUACAAAGAGCAAUGUUUGUGUUAUGAUGAUAAUUGGCAUGUUGACGAACCUAAUGAUGGACGUUGUUAUAUACCAUAUUCUCUGAGCAACGGCAUCAAUGUCACGGAUUUAUCGAACUCUGACGAGAGCACAGGGCAGACUCAAACGUGCAAAGAGCAACAUUUAGCAUAUGAUGAUAAUCAGCAUGUUGACGGACCUAGCGACAAACAUUGUGAUAUGCCAAAUUCUCCAAGCGGCGGUAUCGAUCUUGAGGAUCUCUUGAACUCUGACUAGAGCAAGGAUUAGUAUGCCAAACUACAGUGUGCGUAGAUUAUGCUCUAUAGAUAAGUUGUGAAGUAUGAUAAUGGACUGCCAGUGUUUGGUGGUCCUUUACAGAUGUUAAUCUCAGCCUAGUUUGUUAUAUCAGUGAUAAUGCUAUGUACCAACUAUGCUUCUCCGAGGAUGGGACAUUAUAUCAAUCUUGUGUGCUUGUAUAUUGUAGUAUUAAUUUUUCCUCACAA